AUGCCGCCAGAUGAGGAGCCCCUCGACGCCUUGGAUGCAGUGGAUUACGACCCGAUUGACCACCUGAAUGCCAUCUUUUCACAUCCCUCCACCCUCGCUUCAGUCUCGCAGAUCUCCGACGGCCUCCACUCCUACGAAGAUGAAUUGGACAACGAUAUCGGCACGCUGGUGGAGGAGCAGGUCACCUCCAAUGCGGAGAGCGUGGAACGUAUCCAGACCGCGAAGUCCGACUUGUCGGAGCUGUUCAAGAAGAUCGACGACGUGCGCGAGCGCGCGAUGAAGACGGAACAGGCCAUCACCGAUAUGACCGCCGACAUCAAGCAAUUGGACAACGCGAAGAAGAACUUGACCUUGUCAAUGACGGCGCUCAAGCGACUGCAGAUGCUGACUACUGCCUACGAUCAGCUCAUGGCCCUCAGCCGGACACGACAAUACCGCGAUUGUGCGCAGCUGCUUCAGGCGGUGAUCCAGCUCAUGGCCCAUUUCAAGUCUUACCGAUCGAUUGACCAGAUUGCGAUACUGAGUAGGAAUGUGGCGGAUAUUCAGCGGGAUCUUUUGGAACAGGUCUGUGAGGACUUUGAAAUCACCUUUACGAAGGGCGAGGUCGCUCAGAAGCGGGGCAUGCUCUCGGAGGCUUGUCUGGUUAUUGAUGCGUUGGGCGAGCAUGCGCGGUCUCGGUUGGUCACCUGGUACUGCAAUACUCAGCUUCGAGAGUACCGUCAGAUCUUCCGAAACAAUGAAGAGGCUGGAUCUUUGGACAACAUUUCUCGACGAUACGCUUGGUUUCGACGCAUUUUGAAGACCUACGACGAAGAGAACGCUACUAUCUUCCCCGCUGCGUGGCGUGUCAAUGAAAUCCUGGCCAACGUCUUCUGUGAAGGCACUCGCGAUGACUACAAAGGCAUUUUGUCUCGUUCGGUUCGCAGCGGUCAAAAUAUCGAUGUCAACAUGUUGCUCUCUUGUUUGCAGGAAACACUGGAAUUCGAACAUUCUCUCGAGCGCCGCUUUGCUCCUCCGUCACGCCCAUCCACCGAUACCUUUGCUUCAACAGAGAACCCUAUCUUCGGCCAGUCCAUCUCCGAAGCCUUUGAGCCAUAUUUGAGUGUCUGGGUGGAAGCACAGGACAAGCAGCUGGCUGCCCUCCUGCCCAAAUACCGCCAACAACCGCUCAGACCGCCGGACGAUGAAUUCAAUUCACACAUUGUAAUCUCCUCAUCGACCGAGCUCUUUACUUUCUACCGGCAUGCUCUGCAGCAAUGCUCUAAGCUCUCCACAGGGCCAAGUCUUGCGGAGCUGGCCAAGGUAUUUGCGAAAUACCUAGAUCAAUAUGCACAGCAGGUUCUCCUUGCCUAUAUUAGUGAACGCCCUACUGGUCACACUCCGUCUAAAGUACCCUCGAUUGAAGAUCUGGUGUCUGUCCUCAAUACCGCUGAUUACUGCUACACCACUUGUAAUCAACUGGAAGAGAAGAUCAAAGGUCGGCUGGAUGAGAACCUCAAGCAGUCGGUGGAUCUACAAAGUCAAGCAGAUUCUUUCAUGGGCAUUGCUUCUGCGGCUGUGCGAGGACUGGUCCGCCAGGUGGAGGUCGAAUUGGAGCCAUCCUGGCGCGAAAUGCGCAACACACCCUGGAGUAAGAUCGAGGCCGUCAGUGACCAGAGUCCCUAUGUGGGCGAAUUACUCUCUCGAACCAAAGACAAGGCAGCCGAAAUUUUACAAUUGCUGCACAAGCAGCAAUAUGCACGAGCUUUCUCCGAUCACCUGGUUGAAUUGAUGUCAAGCUUGUUCAUUACCAACGUCUUCCAAUGCAGACCGGUUGCAGAAACUGGCGCUGAACAGAUGCUUCUCGACUCCUUCACCCUUAAGAGUGGCCUUACAUCCCUCCUCCCCGCCCCAGCCCCAGCAGGCUUUGUCAAGCGAGUGAACGCCAGCUUCUACAAAAUCGAAACGCUCCUCAAAACCCUUCAAGUCCGACCAUCCCCACCCGAGGCCCUCGUACAAGCAUACCUCAUUCACAUCGCGGAUCGCAACAACAACAAUUUCCGCAAAAUUCUCGAUAUAAAGGGUAUCCGCAGCCGCCAAGAACAAAACCAUCUCGUGGAGCUAUUCCAGCUCCAUCGUGCGUCAGACCGCUACGCGGCUAAUCUCCAACAAAGCAACCCUAUGCUUAAUGCCCUCCAAACCCCGGCUGCCACCACAUCAACUGGCUCCGUAUCCCAGGGUCUGGGGUUGGGUAGCAGCACCCCAUCAAUGCCAUCCCGCUUCGACGCCUCGAUGCUCGGCUCGGCCAUCAUCUCCGCCGCUAAAGAUGGCGUUGAUCGCUUCGGGAAUCCCAGCUUGGCUUCCGGCGUUGCUGGUAUUACUGGGUCAACAUCCACAGGGGCGGUGGGUACAUCUGGUACCUCGUCGCCUGCACCAGGUAGCUCAGGACAACAAGCCAGCCAUUUACAGAAUCCGUCUGAAACUAGUGCUGCGAACAAUCUCAAUGAGAAUCUCAAGAAUAUUGGGAAGUUCUUCCGUCGUGACCUUGGUGGCUUUGGGGGUCGGUUUGGGCGUGGUGCCGAUGAGUGA